GAAGGCCGCGGGACUGCAGUUCCCGGCAUGCCUCGGCAGGGGCGGCGGCGCCUGGGCCUGAUGGGGCGUGUAGUCCUCUAGAAGCGGGAGCCGUCCUCGACCUGCGCGCGGGGCCCCCUGCUGGAGCUCCUCGGCGGCAUUGCCGGCGAGAAUUUGCGAUGGACCUCGCCGAGCAUCCUUGGGAAGGACAGGAAAGAGUAUCUGGGGCUGAUUGGAGGGUGCUGUGGCUAUGCAAAUAAACUAAUUAAAACGCCAUAGCUCUGCAAGGACUGAUUGAAAGGGCAAGGAGCUGAUUUGAAAAGGCCAAUUAAAGGGCCAGGAGCAGAGCCACAAGAGUUGGUGGUGCUCAGUGAUAGCUGUGUGAUGUCAAGGAUGGGUGAUGCCAUGAGAGCACUGCCGUUUCCUGCUUAGGAGAGCUGCUGCCCAUCAGUGUAGGCAGUCCUGAGCUAGAUGGACCGAAGGCCUGACUUGGUAUAAAGAAGCUUCCAAUGUCCGAAUGAGUUGUCGUCCAGCCAUGUUGGGGGACCCACGUCUGCCGCAGGCAGCCUCCCCCUCUGGAAGGGCAAUGAAGAGCGCCGCCAGGCCAUGGAGCGUGGCCUCGAAGCCGGGGAGCCAUGGGGCGGAGCGGGGGAAGCUGGUGCCAGCCGCCUCCGUGGGCAUGAAGGCCUCCAAGUCCUCCACCUCGCUCGCCUUUGACUCUCGGCUCAGCAAGUUGAAGAGAGCCAGCAGCGAAGACAUGCUGACCAAAACGGGCCUCCUGGCUGCCACAGCGGGGUCCCGGCUGAAGAAGACGGUCACCACGGGGGCCAUCUCGGAGCUUGCCGAGAACCGGCUGAGGCCCAGCUCAGGCUCCAUCCCGUCAUCCAAGCGUACCGGGAUCCCAGCUCCUCGGGAACUGCCGACCGCCGUGGCCCGAGAGAAAGCCGUGCUGCGGCCCAGGAAGACGCAGCCCAGCCCGACUUCCUCGGGGACCCCGACGCCCACCAAGCACUUGCGGCCUUCCGCCAAAGCCAAGCAUGAGGCCGAAGGUGGCGACAAGGCGGUGCUGGAGUCCCAGGUCAGAGAGCUCCUGGCCGAAGCGAAGACGAAAGAUUCCGAGAUCACCAAGCUCCGGAGCGAGCUGAAGAAACGCCAGGACAAGGAACCGCUCAGCCUGGAUGUCGCCGGCCUGUUGGACCAAAAUGCCGAUGCCCUGCCGAUGCCCGCCGGCCAGGUGGAGCCGUUCCUCCGAGCGCUCCAGGAGAAAAACCGGACUUUCCAAAGAGAGCUCCUCAGCCUGGGGGAGGAGAAUCGGCUGCUGCGAGAGAAACUGAGUCACGCAGAGCAGUCGUCGCUGUCGGAUACGGUCAGCAGCAGCGGCGGGAACAGCAGCCUGCCAACCCCCACCAUGCCGGAGUCGAGCUUUGGAAGUCCGACUGGACAUCCCGCACACAGCCACGCGGGGGACGCCCGCCAGCGCCUCAACGGGCUGCCCUUGCGGAACUCCGGCUCGUCCAGCAGCGACGUCACCAAGGCGUCCCUGUCGCCCGACGCCUCCGACUUUGAACACAUCCUGGACGUGCCGUCGAGGCCUGGCUCCGCUGGCAGCAGCCACCCCUUCAAGAGCUCCAGGUGCUCCACCUCGGGGAGCUCGCCCAACAACGUCAGCGACCUCUCCGUGGCGUCCCUCACGGAGAAGAUCCAGAGGAUGGAGGAGAACCACCACAGCACGGCGGAAGAGCUGCAGGCCACGCUGCAGGAGCUCUCCGACCAGCAGCAGGUGGUGCAGGAGCUGACCGCCGAGAACGAGAAGCUGGCGGAAGAGAAGGCCAUGCUGGAGACGUCCUUCUGCCAGCACCAGGAGCGGGCGGAGAAGCUGGGCCAGGAGAACGAGAAGCUGGUGGCGCUCCUGCAAGAGCGGCCCAAGAGUGACAGGCGGGAUGCCAAGGUCCACGAGCUGGAGCAGAAGUGCGCCGAGCUGCAGGAGAAGGCCCAGUUCGAGCGGGAGAAGAUGCUGAACAUCCAGCAGCAGCUGACCAGCAGCCUGCGGAGCCUGGAACGCGAGCACCAGGACACGCAGGCAGCCGCCAAGGCCCUGCGCGAAGAGACGGAGCGGCUGGGCGCCCUCCUGCAGGCGGAGCGGCAGAGCAACGCCACCCUGGCCAGGACUCUGGAGGACUGCAAGGUCUCUGUGGAGGGCCUGAAGAUCGAGAGCGGCUCGCUCCGGUCACAGCUGGACAGCGCCAAGCAGGAAGCGGCGGCCAUUGACGCGGCCGGGGGCGACGCGGACCGCUCUGGCGUCCAGGACCUGCUGAAGGUGGCCCGGGCGGAGAAAGAUCAGCUGGAACUCACUUGCACGGAACUCAGGCAGGAGCUCUUGAAGGCCCACAGCGAGGUGAAGACAGCCCAGGGCCAGCUGGCCAAGGUGGAGAAGGAGCGCGGGGAGCUGCAGGAGACCUGUGCACGGCAGGCAGAGCAACUGAGCCGGGCCAGCCUCAAGCUGCAGGAGAAGACCGCAGAGAACGAAGCCGAGAUCAAGAACCUGAAGGAGACCAUCUUUGAGCUGGAGGACCAGGUGGAGCAGCACCGAGCGCUCAAGCUGCACGACAACCAGAUCAUCAGCGACUUGGAAAGGAAUCUGCUGAAACUCGAAGACCAGAAGCUGGACUUGGAGAGGCAACUGAAGACCCUGAAUAAGCAGAUCAAGGAGGACACGGAAGAGUGGCGCCGCUUCCAGGCCGACCUGCAGACGGCCGUGGUGGUGGCCAACGACAUCAAGUGCGAGGCCCAGCAGGAGCUGCGCACGGCCCGGCGGCGCCUGCAGGAGGAGGAGGAGAAGAGCGCUCGGCUGCAGAAGGAGCUGGAGGAGGCCCAGGGCGUCAGCAGGGCCGCCGCGGAAGCAGGGGACUCAGCGGAGGCAGAUCCCACCAAGCGCUGGCAAGGAGUCCCCGUCAUCAGCUGCGCAUCACCAACUCCCCCGGAGUCCCUGGCCACUGUCAAAUCCCUCAUCAAGUCGUUUGACACGGGAUGCCCAGGCGACCCCGCCGGGCAGAACGUGCCAGUCCACAAAGUCUCCCGGAGUCCCCUGAGCGGCAUCCCCACGCGGACGGCCCCGGCAGCCGCCGUCUCUCCCAUCCAGAGACAUUCCACCUUCAGCAACUCAAAGCCAGCGGGGAAGACCUUCUCCAAACAUGGCGACCUGCCGCAGGUGCCCCUAGCAGAUCUGCUGAAAGGGAGGGCCGAGGACUUGAAGCCAGACCAUUUCCUCCGCAAGAGCCCCUCCCUGGAAUCUCUGAGCAAGCCCCCCUCCAUGACCUUUGCCGGCAGGAUGAUGACCUCUACACCCAGCAGCCUGAAACCCCCCAGCAAACUCAGUGUGGAGAGGAAGGACCCACUGGCAGCCUUGGCCAGAGAAUACGGGGGCUCUAAGAGGAACGCUCUGCUGAAAUGGUGUCAGAAGAAGACCGAAGGCUACCCGAACAUUGACAUCACCAACUUCAGCAGCAGCUGGAGCGACGGGCUGGCGUUCUGCGCCCUCCUCCACACCUACCUGCCUGCUCACAUCCCCUACCAGGAGCUCAGCGGCCAGGAUAAGAAGCGAAAUCUCCUCUUGGCGUUCCAAGCUGUGGAAAGCAUUGGCAUCAAGCCCAGUCUGGAGCUCAGCGAGAUCAUGUCCACGGAUCGCCCCGACUGGCAGAGCGUCAUGCAUUACGUGGCCCAGAUCUACAAGUACUUCGAGACCUGAGGAGGAGGAGGAGGAGGAGGAGGAGGGCUGCAUCCAGCAGGGUGCAUCUCAAGGACUCCACAGAAAGCACUUGCUCACUUUAAGGGAAAACCCACCCCACAGCCCAUUCCUGUUCUUGCUGUCCGACAGACAUUUUAGGCAGUCUGGUGAAGAACCGGUUCGUAUCGCACCACACUCGUAUCGCACGAUGCAGCCGACACAGGGUUCUGCUGGGCUUGGGGCAUUUAUGGGGUGACGAAACACACACCCCUUGCCUGACAGUGCCCAACAGACUCUGCCCACAAGGGUCACGGGCUAGAAUGGCGUUCCACGUAUCUCUCCAGUAGGGGCAAGUGGGGGAAUGAAGACGACGGCGGUCAGUUUUCCAGGGGUCUUCAAAGUCCACCUGCUCUGCCUGGCUGCUCCUUUUAGAAUGGCCAUCUCCUUUUCCAGGAGGACUCCUGUGCCUGCCCCAGCCGCAUCGUGCCAAGCCGAAAUUCAGCAGGUCGCACUGGUCCUGGGCAGGCGGACGCAAGGGCAGGGAAAUCCUCACUUGCUGCGUGUCUGUCGGCUGUGGAGCCGUUGAAAGCGCAGGAGCCCUGCCAGGGGGAAAAGUUGGCACCCCUCUGAAACAGUAGCCUUUGCAAAUGUGAUGAGAGGGCUCUCCUGGGAACCCGAGGCUGCCCUUUAGGUGUGGGUUGCAGCAUCACCUUGGCGGGACCUGUGGGUUGGAGCCGAGGUUGCCGGCACCAGAGAGGUUCGCCUCUGCCCCCUUCCCUCCCCCUUGCUCCUUCCCCCUCCUGCUCGGCUUGGCAAGUUUUUCAGCACACAAAACACCCCCGUGUCAAGGGGGCCACCACGGUGCCUCUUGGGCCAGUGUGGGCCGCGUUUCAGGGUCACCUGAAAGUGGGGGGCGGGGCAGAUGUUGAUGGACCACAGCUCCCUUCAGCCAUGGUGCCUGGGGGUGAUGGGAGUUGUAGUCCAGCAACAUCUGGGGCCCCAUGGCUGGGAGCCCCCGAGCUAAAGGAGCUCGAGCUUCCUUCCUGGCCACUUCCCUAGACCUUGGGAGUCAACCUCUGCGCUCCCCACCUUGGGUUCCUCCCCAUGAUGCCAGCAGGGAAGCAGGUUUGAGCUCCCACCCCGAGGCUCAGUGGGUCAGACGCCAGCCCACCUCGCGGCAAAUAUCUCGGAUGCCUUCUCCGCAGGGGUUGGUUUUCUCCUCGACAGAGUUGUUGCUCAAGAGCUGGCCCAGCCUCCGUGUCUGCCCCCUUUCCCCCCAGCCUUCUCCUAAGCGCUAGGAAGCCAAUCCUGGCCUCUGACUCAGUUUGUCUCGCCUCUUUCCCCCCUCGCUGAUGCUUCCCGUUUCCCCAUCCAGCCCCCCCUUGCCCCAUACCCAACCUUCACCCCUCUCGGCAGCUGUGUUUUUGUGGAGUGGAGGGUCUGGGCAGGUUUGGCAUAGGGCCACGUCUGCGGCGAGGGCUCGGCCUUUUUAGAUGUGCGUUGCCAGGUCUGAAGGCUCCUGUCUGUGUCCGGAAGGCGUUCCAGUUUUGGCAGGCCUUCUCUGGGGAGGAUGUGCUACUAGGGGAAGCCCCUCUCCACUUCCCGCGUGCAUUGGGCUGGCAGGUCUCCUUGGGGGGCUGAGGGCCGCCCCCUGAGUCCCCAGGACUGAGGCACGGGGUGGGGUGUCUCUUUGGCCACUGGCCGUGUGUGGCCGUGCCCGUGUCUGUGGCCACACGUGCAUGCAGGGAAGAGGAAGUGAAUCCAUGGGGCCUCCCCCAGGCUGGGAGCUGGUUGGGGGAAGGCUGGAACAGCUGUCCAGGCUGUGCCCAAGCCCCACUUUCCGAAAGAGCAGCUGGCCAACCCGGUGCUUUUCCGCAGGGGCGUAUGGCGCACACACCUGCAGGGGGGCCGUGCCCUGCCGAUGCAGCCCCCGCCGUGUGGUUUGGCCCCACUUUGCCUGUGGUUGGCGAGCGCAAGAGAUGGAGGGGAGGCCGGAAGAGGGGGUGGGAAGUGGGCUUGAAGUCCUGGAGAAGGUCUGUGUUGUCGGAAGGCCCGGUUCACUGUAGUCUCAGGAAAGGCGGAGGGAGCGGAGAAAGGGGGCCAGGAAGGGCGUGUGGGAUUCCAGGAAGAAGCGGAAGGUGCACAAAGAAGUGGGUUUGAAUGUGCCAAUGGUGUGCGGGAAGAGAAGCAGGAGGGCGUUCUUGGGUUCGUUUUGGGACCUCUUCUCACCUAAAGGAAGCCGGGGCCGGGUUUCGAGGAAGAGGCCUCGUCCCCCUCCGCUGCCCCAGGUAUCUUGGGGCCUGAAAUGUUAAGAUGGGGCAAGUUUGGAACCGCUCUCCCCCUUUCCUGGAGGGCGGAGUGCUGGGCCCCUGGGUGGGCGGCCUCUUCUUCCGCUCUCCAAGGUCACCAGCUAAUCCUCUGCGAAGGCAGGGACCCUGCAGGUCUAGCCUCUUCUUGUUCUUCUUCCCCGGUGAGGCUCCUCCGACACCCAGUUCUGGAGGCAGCAGGCCAUCGGGGCAGGCUUCCCCCAAGCGGGGCACUUUCCAGUGUAGGCACUGGAAUGCCAGCACAUCAGCACUCGGAUUGUUCCCCCCUAACUUCUGAUCUCACUGCCGUUUCCCGCUCCCUGACCUAAGCUUUGGGUGCGCCUCUGGACAGAUCUUCUCCCCAGGACACGAGAGGUGCUGAGCGCCCCUGACUCCCCCCCCCCCCGCCACCAGCCUGUGUUUCCACCAGGAUCGGUGGCAGGACCAUGGCGGGCUGCUCUGUCCGCAGCAAGGGAGGUGUGCUGUUAGCCAGGGACUCCCUUCUGCUGGGCAGGCCUUGCAGCUUCCUCUCCUGGGGGGCCUUCCUCCAGCAGUGCCAAAGAGACCCACCUGGAUGCUGAACCAACCCCGGUUGUAUGGCUACUCUUUGGGGUCCGGCAGCAGCCUGCCCUCAUGGGACACGGGAGAGAAUCUCCUUUUGAGCUCCCUGCCCAUCUGGCUGCCCCUGGUCUCUCCAGUGAUAUGCAGAUGAUGACGGAGGAAGAGAUCCGGGCGGCCCGUGUGUGUGUGUGUGUGUGUGUGUCAGCCUUGAACCGCGGGUGUCCCUGGGUGCUAAAAUCUCUCCAAGGUGUGAUGGGCUUCCACUGGCUGCAUUUCUGUUCUGCCUCAUCCUCCACUCGUUUGGAUCCUUGUUGCUCUGCUGGUUAACGUGUGUGUGUUUUUGAGAAUUUUUUUUGGUUCCUCGUUUAAACUUGCACAUGUGCCAACUUCUGCCAGACCCGGUGUUGUUUCUUCUUCUUCUUUUUGGACGUUGUUUUUGACUGGGCCUCUUGAUGUGGGGUAGACGUUGCCCCCACUCCCAUCCCCCCAAUCUGAACUGUCAAGCAUUUCCAUGGGGCCGGAGGUGAGCCCAUCUUAUUUGAAACAAGAGCACACUAAAACGUAUGGACACCAAGAGGCCGUUGGUCGAGUGUGAACCUGUUACUACAAAGUUUUAUUUAAAACAUUAACAUUAUUGAAGCAUCCAGUGCAGCUUCUGCAUAGUAUUUCUAAUAAACGCCUUUUGUUUCUGA